GCAGCGACCUACAGCGUCUGCUUAUACGAUCCGUAAUUAGUUCUCAGAUAUUACGGAUUAUUAUAACAAUAGCUUUAGUCUUGCCCAGGUUUUGAAUAAAUGCUUAAAAUGUUAAAUUAUUUCGGUUGGUACAAAAUGAUUUUCCGUUGUAAAUGAAAUCAAAAGUGAAAGUAAACUUACUCAGUUCAGCUGUUUCACUUUUGUGCAGUUUUAUGUUGCCCAAACGUUUACGUGUUAAUCUACGAUGAUGUUUGUGGUCGUUUUAUGUGGAUGUUUCAUGAUGUGCGUUUACGCUGAUGGGGUUGCAGAUGUGGUGCUUUCCUGCAGCCUGGUGGAGGAGGGGGGCGGACUGGGCGGUGGCGGCCUCUUCACCAGGACUCCAGCCACUCUUGUCUUUAAGGACGUUGCUGUAGCAUCUGAUGAAUCGCUUGAAACGCUCACUCCCUUUGUUCCACCUUCUGUCCCUGAUCCAGAUCUCAUCAUCUUCGAGGCUAAAGUUUCAUCACCUAAGAUUCCUAACUCCGAAGUGUUGCUCCAUGCAGACUGCAACGAGCAGGAAGUGAUGUGUGAAAUGAGCCGGUACACCCCUCGUGGAUCUCAGGAUGGUUCAGAUCCAGCCUAUUUCAUGGUGUCUCUAAAUGUGGAGGGAGUUGAGUUUAAUACUGCAUUGAUCCUGCAGACUUUAACAGUACAGAAAGACCAAAAGACUCUGAUACAAAACAAACUGGGUCUGCCGCUCAGUGAGACAGGAACUUUAUUAACUGAGGUGAUAUUCCUGGUGUUCAGCCAUGUAAAAGCUGUUUCUGCACCGCUGAGAGGUGAUGCAGUACUCCACUGUGGCUUCAAGCAGAAGGACACACCUCUUGCACAGGAAAUGGGCAUCGAGUGGCGACUGCAGCACAGAGGAAGAGGACGGAAAGUCCUGGAGAUGAAGACAAAGCUGGAUGAUGUAGAAGGAAGCACAGUGGUCCAUGCUGAGAGGAGGGGCUCAAGCCUGGAUGUGGUCCAGGUGGUCGACAAGGGUAACGCCUCUUUGUCUCUGACCCACCUGAAGGUUGUAGACGAGGGGUCCUACAUCUGUACUGUCAACACUGGCAACUUUCAUUGCCAGCAGGUGAUUCAACUCCAUGUAAUCCAACCACCUCAAGUUUCUCUGUCAGAGGAGAAGCUGGUUUUGAAGACAAAUUCACCCCAGACACUGAGCUGCCACAGCAGUAAAUACUACCCACUGGAUGCUCAGAUGGAGUGGUUUUCCCUGGCGCCUACGGACACAGAGCCGACAGUCUUUCCACAUCAGGGCUCUCUGUCUAGCCAUCGACAGCACGGUGAUGGGACGUUCUCCCUGUCAUCUCACCUCACCAUUCCCCCCAGCAUCACACCUGGAACCAAAAUCAUCUGUGUGGUGUCCCACCCAGCCUUGGACACCCAUGUCUCUGUGAGCGUGGUUGUAGAAAGCCCAGAACCAGAUUCCUACUGGUGGUUUGUGGGUUUCCUGGUCGUCACUGUUCUUUUCUUCUAUCAGGUCAUGAAGUAGGUGCAGAGAUGAGAAGUAUAUCAUGUGACUUAAAUAAGAGCCUUAAGCCCAACUCACAUGGGUCUAGUAUUAACCUGUGGACCUCUGGAAAUUUAUCAUAAAGGCGGAGGUCGUCUGUGAUCGUAAUCCUGUGUGAAUCUGUCAUGUCUGUAAUUUAUAAAGUAAAAAGUCUCCUGCAGAUGACCUUCCCUAUUUCAGCAAAUACAGCAGUCCUGGGAUAAUACACUGAUCAGUCAUAACACUACAGUCACUGACAGUAGAAGUGGAAGUGGUACUAGUAUUGAUUAUUUCAUUACAAUGGUUCCUUUCACUGGGUUGGAUGUAUGAAGCAGCAAGUGAACAUUUGGUCUAUGAAGCUGACGUGUUGGAAUCAGCAAAAUGGGCAACGUAAGGAACUGAGUGACUUUGACCAGGUCCAUAUUGUAACAGUAGUGACUGGGUGAGAACAUCUCCACAACUGCAGGUCUUGUUGUUUGUUCCUGGUCUGCAGAGAUUAGUACCGACCAAAAACGGACUAAGGAAAGACAUCCGAGUAUCAGACGAAUGGAGCAUCUGUGAGUGUUGGACAAAUAAAUCUGAUCCAUGGAGGUCCACCUCUCUACUUCCAGGACUUCAGGGUUCUGCUGCUAAGGUCUUGGUCCACAUACCACAGCACACCUUCAGAGGUCUGGUGGAGUCUAGGCC